AUGAAUUUUUACAAAAUGAUCAUACCUAUAGCUCAUGGAAGCCCGUUUGUGUGUGCGCAGUUGUGUCUGACUCUUUGCAGACCCAUGGACUGUAGUCCGCCAGGCUCUUCUGUCCAUGGAAUUUUACAGGCAAGAAUACUGGAGUGGGUUGCCAUUUCCUCUUCAGGGGAUCUCCCUGAGGCAGGGAUCGAACCUGUGUCUCUUGUGUCUCCUGCAUUGCAGGUGGAUUCUUUACCACUUGCACCACCUAGGAAACCCCAUUCCUGGAUGACCAGCACCCAAAUCAAGGAAUAUCCAGCCAGAGUGGACAAAAAUGUCCUACUGCAUAGCACAGGGAACUAUAUUCAAUGUCCUGGGAUAAACCAAAAUGGAAAAGAACAUAAAAAAGAAUGUGUGUGUGUGUGUGUGUGUGUAUGA